AUGAUUCAAGUUCGAAAUAAUCUCGAACAAAUAAGUCAAAUUAUUUCCAUCGCCGAAUUACCACUUGUGGUUGUUUUGACGAAAAUGAUCAUAAUAUAUUAUAAUAAAAAAAAAAUAACGAUUCUCUAUAGCAGAAUGAUUGACCAUUGGGAUAAAGAUAGAAAUACUGAAGAAAUUGAGAUCAUGAGGAGGACUGGUGACAAGGGUAGAAAAAUUGCUCUCCUAUGUAUAUCAUUGGGGAAUGCAUCAGUAAUCGUCUCUUCCAUUCAGUGGUUUUUUGAAAAUUUAAGCGAUUGGAAAACUUCAGGGCACUUUAAAAAUUAUACGCUCUAUGUUGAAGCUUAUUAUCCAUUCACUUGGAAUUAUAGUCCCAUUUUUGAAAUAACAAGCCUUAUUGAACUUAUUGGUAUUUUUCUUGCAACUGUGGCAUAUAUUGGUGUUGACGGCUUCUUUUGCCAAGUUGUUCUUCAUCUAUCUGGAGAAUACAACGUUCUUCGCGUACAACUUCUUAAUCUUGUCAAUAAUUUUAAUGUCACAAUAUUCGAUAAUGAAUUUGAUGAAAAAUUUGGCUACAUCGUUGAUGUUCAUGAUCAUAUUAAUAGUUCCUUAUCUUCAACCGAAAGACUACGCUAA